AUGAUAAAUAGUGAAUUAGAAUACUUAAAAUAUAUCAUUUCUGAUAUAUUUGGUUAUUCGUGUAGUGAAAUAGUGGAAUUAAUUUUAAUAUAUGGAAAUAAAUUAACUAUAAAUGAAAUUAUUAAUUUAUCAAAUUAUGAAUUUAAUAUAGUUAGAAACAUUAUAUUAUGUUUAUUAAUUCAUAACAUAUUAGAUGUUAAUAUAAUUUAUAAUAAAUCAGAUGAAUGUAACCAUGUAUCUGUUGAUGAUAAAAAUGUCAACUUAUCAUUUGAACAAAAAAAUAAUGAAAAUUUUUUUAAUAAAAACACAGAAAAAAAUAGAGAGAUGAAUUUGAAUGAAAUAAAUCUUCUACCUGAUAAUGAAAAUUAUAAAUAUAUGAAAGGAUGCAAAUGUGCUUUUUGUAUUUGUAAAAUAAAAAGAGUAGAAUACUUCGUUAUUAUAAAAAAUAUUUAUAUUCUUGUUAGAUAUUCUUCUAUAUUUUAUUAUAUGCAUCCAACUUGCAUAAAUAAAAGAAAUGAAACGACAAUAGAAAAUGUUAAUAAUACGAAUAUUGAAUAUAACUUUUUUUAUUCUGAUAAUACAUUUGAUGAUAAUAUGAAUUAUUUAGAUGGUAAAGAUGAACAAGUUUUAGAAAAAGAUGAUACAAUAAAUUUUAUUGAAAAAAUUAUUCUUAUAAGAAUUAUAAAAAGUGGGAGAAUAACCAUUGAUAAUUGUUUAAAAGAUUUAAAGCAUGAUGAUUAUGUUGAAGUAUGUAAGAAAAAAAUUCCUAAUAUUAGUAGAAAAAAGUUAAGAUUAAUAUUUUUGCAAUUGUUAAAAAAGAAAUUUAUAAAAAAAUGUAAAUAUUUUAAUGAACAUAUUUGUGAAAAUAAUAAAGAACAAAAUGAAAAUCUUCUCAUUUAUGAUAAUUCUAUUAAUUAUAUUAAUAUAAAUUAUAAUAAAACUCUUGAUGAUAACUUAGUAAAAGAUUUAAAUGACACAGAAAAUAAUUUUAAUAAUAUUAACAAUAAUAAUAAUAAAAUAAAUAAUAAUUCUAAUUCCAACUCUUGCGAUAAUAACAAUUAUAAUAUUAUUGAUAACAAUAUAGAUAACAUUUUAUUUUAUCAACAAAUGGAUAAUGAUAAUGAUACUAAAAAGAAUAAUCUACCAAAUAUAAAUGAACAAAAUAAUGACAUGAAAAUUAAUUCAAAAAAAAGCAAAAAAAUUCAUAAAGAAACAUCAUCAGUAUUAAGUAAUAAAAAAAAAAGAAAAACAAAUGUUAGUGAAAAUAAUGUUAAAAAGGUUAAUAUUUAUCAAUAUGAAAAUAAUAUAGAUGAAAUUCUCACUAUAAACGAUGAAUCAUCAAAUAAAAAUGAAAAUAAAAACAUAGUUCAUAAUAAUAAUAAUAAUAAUACAAGUAAAAAAUAUAAAGAAAAGUUACUAGAUAAAGAUAUAAUUUUAACUAUGAAUAAAAAAAAUGAAAAUUCAAAUAAAGUAAAUUAUUCAAAUGAUGAUACAAGUUAUUUUUUGAAUAAAGAAGAUAUGCAAAAUAAUCUAUUAGAAUAUUUAGAUAAUCCAUAUACAUAUUUUCAGGCUAAUAGUGAAGUAUUAUCUUUAUUAUAUUUGAAACAGGAAUGCUUUAAUUUUAUAACGAAUUAUUAUAAUCUUAAUGAAAUAACAAAAUGUAUACUGUUUUAUUUAUUAAAAAAUGUUCAACUUAAUUACUCAAUGGAUAACAACAAUUAUAAUGUAUCAUCUUCUUUUUCUUCAUUUGAAAAUAUAGAAAAAUAUGUAAUAGAAAAAUUAAAAAAGAAAAAAAUAUUUAUAGAUAAAAAUACAGUGUUACAAAAUCUAAAUAUGCUAAUAAAAUAUCCUGAUAACUUAAUAAAAACCCAAUGCAAUGAGGUAAUCUCUUAUGCAUCCGACUUCUCAAAUAUAAAAACAAUUUAUAGAAAUAAAAUUAUAUCAAACAUAAUAGAAAAUAUGAUAGGAUUAGAUGCAUUAAGAAUAUGGAAUUUUUUAAUAUCUACCUCUGACGAAAAAUCUAAUGAUGAAAUAAUAAGUGAAAAUGUUUUAAUACCUUUAAAUGAUGUUAGAAAAAAACUAUAUAAUUUGUUAUAUCAUGGAUUUAUUAAAUGUCAUGAAUGUAAUAACAGUAAUAAUAAUAAAACUUACAUUAAACACUCUUUGUCAUUUUCAACCAAUAUAUAUUAUACUAGUAAUAAAAUAAAAGAAAAUUUAUUCACAGUAGCAAAAAAUAUUUAUAUUAGAAAGUUUUAUGAAAAUAAUGAAAUAAAUACUUUACAUAAUAAAUUAAAUAUAUGUGUUAGUGAUAAAGAUAAUAAUAAAAAAGCUAACAGUUUAACAUCACGAGAAUAUGCUGUUGACUAUUUAGAAAUUAGUUUAAUAAAUGUAGAUAAAUUUAUUUUUAUAUUUAACGCUUAA